UGCCCUGGUCCAACGCAGCAGCAGGCGCGCCACAUCCCCCCCUCACUCCGCCCAUGGGGCCGUUCGCCAAGGUGCCUCUGGCGCACGUGGCUGCGCAUGUGCCGCCACCCCGCCCCUCGCCCCCCGCUCAUGCCGCCACUUCGGCUGCCGCACCGGCAUCCAGUGCUGCUGCGACCGCUGGUGCGGCGGGCGGCGGGAGGGGCGUGGGGAUGCAUGAGGGGCGAGACAGGCGGAAAGGCGUGGAAGCAGCAGCGGGGUGGAUGGACGAGCGGGUGGUGCAGGUGUGCGGGGAGGAGGAGGCAGGGGAGGCGGAGCGAGCGGGCAGGCGUGGCGGCUUUGAGGAGUUCGAUGACAUUAUGGGGGGCAUGGCGUUGGGCGCAGAGCCGUGCGGCGGCAUGGGCGGCGUGGGGCGGGUGGGCGCGCUGGACGACAUCGACGAGGACGACCAGUUCGCGCGCGACCUCGCGCUCUGCAUGACGCCACGCGCCCCCGCGCCACGCGCUGCCACGCCGCCCAUCGCCUGCAACCCUCCCGCGCUCUCCGCACGAGCCCACAGCUCGCGGCUGCUGCAGAGCAGGCGAAAGCCAGGCAUGCCGACUACUGCCCCGCCCCCGCAGCAUCAGGCUGCCCGCCCGCCCCGCCAAGCGACAGCACCUUGUGGCACUGGGGCUCGAGGCGGGGGCAGGAGAUGCACACGAAGGGGAGGCAGCGGGGAGUGCAGCGGGGAUGAGGACGACGCCGAUGCAGUGCAGCAGCGCAACGCAGCAGGGAAUGGGUGCUCGGUGGAGAGAGGUGCAGAGUGGUGGAAGGGCAGCGAGGGCAAGAGAGUGCGGGAGUGGAGUGAGAAGUUGGUGCGGGGGUGUCCGUCGCUGCACCUCAACUACGCGGACAUCAUCAGCGCGUGGUCCGACCAGGGCCACGACGGCCAGUCGCCCUGGAUGGACGACCGCCCGCCCUCUCCUGCCACAUGCGCCCACCCCUCCGUGUACUCCGACCCCCAGGGCGAGGUGGGGGAGUCUGGUGUGCCGCGGGUGGCGUCCGUGCCGCAUGGGCUGGACCGCGCUGCCAGCGACCUGCUGCUGGAGGAGGGGCAGGCGGAGGGGCGUGAGGCGCGCGUGCUGCGCUACCGGGAGAAGCGGCGCAACCGGCUCUUCUCCAAGACCAUCCGCUACCAAGUGCGCAAAGUCAACGCCGACCGCCGCCCCCGCAUCAAGGGACGAUUUGUGAAACGAGACUUGUGAAUCCGCUGAAGGAUGUUGUCUGCCGGGUCAAAUAUGGAGAUGAGAGGCAUGGAGCAGCCGCGGCAGCGUCAGUGCUUCAGCAUGCGGCGUCGGAGAUUGCGUCGGGGCGUCUCAGCUAGUUGAGAAAGCAGCCUUCCUCCCCAACAGUCCGCGCGUCUUUGAUCCAACGCUCUACCGUCACUGCGUCAUCGUCUU